UGUUAGCUUGCCCCCAGGCAUAGUCUACUUGAAAAAAAGACCUCACGUGCACAUUGUGUUCCUGAACGCUCCAUAAUGAACUAGGAUUCCAUUCAGAGAUUGGAGCAAACUUUUCCACUGACGGGUUUCAAAUGCAGCGUGAGCCAUUGCAAAAACGUGAGAAAUAACUCGAUGCGUCGAUAGCUUAAUUAAUUAUUCUCAAAGGCCGUCGAUAUUGUUACGCAAUCACUGUCAGAGACGGACAUGUGGACAGCCAACAACAGGUUUGAUGUUUCAGGAGUCUACCCAUCCAAAAAGAAGAUUGGCACGUUCACAGAGAUCAACCACUGCAAGAGACUGAUAAGUGACUUGAAGCGUAACCUGGGUCCAGGUCGGUAUGAGGUGGACACAGGGGACUUCAGCCCCCAGGUAGUCCAGAGCAGGGCCAUGGGACCAGGAUGGAAGAGGGGACAGGAGAUGGCCCAGCAGGCUCAGAUGCCCCACUUGCUGUAUAGAGACACAUGGUUGACCAACCGCUUCCUGAGAAGCAGGGUAGGCCCAGGGAGGUAUGACAUCCAGGACUUCACAGAGCUCUGUAAGAAGCCGUACAGUGUGAGAGGAGUGUGUGACAGCAGGGAGGAGAGGUUUAAAGACUUAAUGAAGAAGCAAACUACUCCAGGCCCAGGGACUUAUGGGAAGGGGGGCAUCCCAUCUGGGCUGCUGGAUGAGAGGAGGAGGAAGCCGAUUGGCUCCUGUCCCAUGAUGGACUUCAGUGCUGGAGUGGAACGCUUCCCAGACAUCAUAGUGGACUCUGGUCUGUGUCCUGGUACCUACAACUUACCGACCUUCACUGAGGUACUCCUUAGUCGCCACAUCAGCAAACGAGGUCCCUAUGACCUCUUCACUGGCCGACGAGACAAGCCAAUCACCUGUGGAUAUUUUGCAGCCCCGAAAAAAGCCAAUCUGAAUCUGGCUACGGUCGCCAAGCCAGCAAAGGUCUUAUGUGAGGACGUUCUGCGACCAGAGAAAAGACACCACGGCACAUUUGGCACCCUAGAGCAGUACCCUUCCCUCCCUACAGAACGCAUCUACCUGGGUUCCCUGCCCCAGUACCCACGGCCAGCGCAGAGACACUCUGGUCAUGGAUUCUAUGAAGAUGUUUGUCUGCCCAAAGUGGAGAACCGCAACCCUCCUCCCUUCCUCUCCUCCUCUCCUCGUAUCACCCUGAGGGCCGAGAGGCUGAUGCAGGGGAACUAUACCACAGUGGGAGUGGGCCGUUACAACCUGGCUCAGAAGCAAACGAGGAAAACUCUAAAGAAAAGCGUUAACGCUGGCUAUCGCUACGUCUUCAAGUCCCGCAUGCCCAGAUAUCUACAUGACCUGCACAAGGACAACUUCAACCAGGAGAGGCUGAAACCCAUCAACAUUCCCCCACAUAGGAUGCCCUAUUAUCGGCCGCCAGAUGAGGUUUCGGCCGUUGCAGCUCUACACUCCUCAGGUUGA